AUGGCUUUUUAUAGAAAUUACUCUAACCAGCCAGUUGAGCAAAGUUCUCUGGAUGAGAAAGGCCACAGACAGGGAGUGGAUAGAGUAAUAGGGAAUAGUGAGGAAGUGGAGGCUAUGUCAAGUGAUAAUGAGUUGGCUCUGCUAGAUAAUGAUAGAGUAGAUAGUACACAAACACCUGCAGCUGGGAAUUCUGGUAAGUGGGGUUCGAAUUUUUGGAAAGACUGUCAGCCGAUGGAGUCCCAUGGUGUCUCCGAGUCAGGUGAAGAGUCAAAGAGUGGUUCAGAAUAUAAAAGCGAUGAAGGCUCAGAAGAUGAUUCUUAUGAUGGUGGUGCCCGUAGAGUGAGCGAGUUGGAAGAUGGUGAUACUGGUAAGGAAGUAGGGAAGAGCCAAAAUGUUCCUUUGGAUGAAAUGUUGUCGGAUGAGUACUACGAGCAAGAUGGUGACGACCACGGUGAUCCGUUGCAUCAUAAAGUUACAAAUCCUUCAAGUAGCUUCAGUUUGAAGCCACUGCCUUGCCCUGUUGAUGCUAGCAAGCUGGACCCUAAGAAGUCAAGGGCUUUAAACUCUGGUUAUUGUGAAGAUGAUGCUGAUUAUGAGGAUGGCGAAGACGAAGUAGAUGAAGAUGACCCCGAUGAUGCAGAUUUUAAUCCAGAUUAUGGUUCCACAAUGGAUAGAAAGGGAGGCAAGGAUGAAGACUGGGGUGUUGAACAGUCUGAUGAAUCUGAUAACAAUGAUGGUGAAGAUGAUUUGAAUGUAUCAGAUGAAGAUGAUGCAUAUUAUAAGAAACCGAAAGGUAAGCAAAAAGGUAAGGGUGGCCAAAGUGUUAAAUCUUCCAGAUUUUUUAAGACAGUCGCAUCAUCUAGUCGGAGGAGAAGUGGUCGACUCAGACUUGAAGAGGAGUCUUUGUCUGAAAAGGACUCCGAGAAUGAUAGUGAUGAGGAUUUCGGAAGCAUGAAAAGGAAAGGUGUGCAGCUGCGUAGGAAGUAUGAUGGCCGAGGAGCUGUCAAUAACAAGUCUAAUAGGAGUAGUGAGCUCCGCAGCUCUAGUAGAUCAGUGCGGAAGGUUUCCUAUGCUGAAAGUGAAGAAAGUGAGGAACUUGAAGAUGGAAAGAAAAAGAAGAGCCAAAAGGAGGAAUGUGAAGAGGAAGAUGGUGAUAUAAUCGAGAAGGUACUAUGGCAUCAGCCAAAAGGAAUUGCAGAGGAAGCAUUAAGAAACAAGAAAUCAGCAGAGCCUGUGCUGCUAAGCCACUUGUUUGACUCCGAACCAGACUGGAACCAGGUGGAAUUUCUGAUCAAAUGGAAGGGCCAGUCACAUUUGCAUUGUCAGUGGAAGUCAUUAUCUGAUUUGCAGAAUCUCAGUGGUUAUAAGAAGGUGUUGAAUUACACAAAAAAAGUAACUGAAGAUGUCAGGUAUCGCAAGAGAGUAUCUCGCGAAGAGAUCGAGGUCAAUGAUGUGAGCAAGGAAAUGGACUUGGAUAUCAUCAAGCAAAACUGUAAGGUGGAGAGGAUAAUUGCUGAAAGAAUCACCAAAGAUGCCUCAGGUGAUGUAGGACCUGAAUUCUUGGUCAAAUGGCAAGGGCUCUCCUAUGCUGAAGCUACAUGGGAAAAGGAUGUUGACAUUGCUUUUGCUCAAGAUGCGAUAGACGAAUUCAAGACUCGUGAAGCCUCUAUAAUGAUAAAUGGAGCAACAGUGGAUCUGCAGCGCAGGAAGAGCAAAGGUAGUUUGCGGAAGCUUGAUGAGCAGCCGGAGUGGUUGAAAGGUGGAAAGCUUCGAGAUUAUCAGCUUGAAGGUCUAAAUUUCCUUGUUAAUAGCUGGAGAAAUGAUACUAAUGUCAUAUUAGCAGAUGAGAUGGGUUUGGGUAAAACUGUUCAGUCAGUUUCCAUGCUUGGCUUUCUUCAGAAUGCGCAGAAUAUUCAAGGGCCUUUUCUUGUUGUUGUUCCUCUAUCAACAUUGUCAAACUGGGCAAAGGAAUUCAGAAAGUGGCUACCGAACAUGAACGUUAUUGUGUAUGUAGGAACUCGUGCAAGCCGUGAGGUCUGUCAGCAAUAUGAGUUUUACAAUGAGAAGAAAGUUGGCAGGAGUAUCAGAUUUGACUCUCUUUUGACAACCUAUGAAGUACUAUUGAAGGAUAAAGCGGUUCUCUCAAAAAUCAGAUGGAAUUAUCUCAUGGUUGAUGAAGCACAUAGGCUAAAAAACAGUGAAGCUUCGUUGUAUACCACUCUAUCGGAAUUUAGCACCAAGAACAAGUUACUUAUCACCGGUACCCCAUUGCAAAACAGCGUUGAAGAACUAUGGGCUCUGCUUCACUUUCUUGAUUCCAACAAGUUCAAUAGUAAGGAUGUAUUUGUUGACAACUACAAAAAUCUGAGUUCAUUCAAUGAGAAUGAGCUGGCUAAUCUUCAUAUGGAACUGAGACCGCACAUUCUGAGAAGAGUUAUCAAGGAUGUCGAGAAGUCCUUGCCUCCGAAAAUUGAACGCAUUCUUAGGGUCGAGAUGUCCCCACUGCAAAAACAGUACUAUAAAUGGAUUUUGGAGCGUAAUUUCCAAGACUUGAACAAGGGUGUCCGUGGGAAUCAGGUUUCGCUUUUAAAUAUUGUGGUGGAGUUGAAGAAAUGCUGCAAUCAUCCGUUUCUUUUUGAAAGUGCUGAUCAUGGGUAUGGUGGGAACACAAACGUUGAUGGCAGUGCUAAGCUGGAGAGGAUAACACUAAGCAGUGGGAAGCUAGUUAUACUUGAUAAAUUGCUGGAUAGGCUACAUGCCACUAAACAUCGUGUUUUGAUUUUUUCCCAGAUGGUGAGAAUGUUGGAUAUAUUGGCAGAAUAUUUGUCUCUUAAAGGGUUUCUAUUUCAAAGGCUUGAUGGCAGCACAAAGGCAGAAUUACGGCAGCAGGCUAUGGACCAUUUUAAUGCUCCUGGUAGUGAUGAUUUCUGUUUUCUUCUUUCGACCCGGGCUGGUGGUUUGGGUAUUAAUCUGGCAACAGCAGAUACAGUCAUUAUAUUUGAUUCAGAUUGGAAUCCUCAGAAUGAUCUACAGGCAAUGAGUAGGGCCCAUAGGAUUGGUCAGCAAGAAGUUGUUAAUAUAUACCGGUUUGUGACAAGUAAGAGUGUGGAGGAAGAUAUACUGGAACGGGCUAAGAAAAAGAUGGUUCUUGAUCAUUUAGUGAUUCAGAAGCUUAAUGCUGAGGGAAGACUGGAAAAGAAAGAAUCAAAAAAGGGAACCGGGUUUGACAAGAAUGAGUUGUCAGCAAUCUUACGAUUUGGAGCUGAGGAGCUAUUCAAAGAGGACAGAAAUGAUGAGGAGAGCAAAAAGAAGCUUUUAAAUAUGAGUAUUGAUGAAAUUCUCGAACGAGCAGAGAAGGUUGAAGAAAAGGCAUCCAAUCAGGAGGGUGGUAGUGAACUGCUUAGUGCUUUUAAGGUUGCCGAUUUCUGCAGUGCUGAAGAUGAUGGUAGUUUUUGGAGCCGCAUGAUAAAACCUGAAGCAGUUGCACAAGCUGAAGAUGCUCUUGCUCCACGUGCUGCUAGAAAUAUUAAGAGCUAUGCAGAGGCAAACCCUCUUGAGAGUACUAAUAAAAGGAAAAAGAGGGGGGUGGAAUCUCAGGAAAGAUUACCAAAGCGUCGUAAAGCGGAAACUGGAUACUCCCCAUCUGUGAUUGAGGGUGCGACUGCUCAAGUAAGAUGCUGGUCCUAUGGAAACUUGUCAAAGAGGGAUGCCACCCGUUUCUUCCGUGCAGUCAAGAAAUUUGGGAAUGAUAGCCAGAUUGACUUAAUAGCAGCUGAAGUUGGAGGAGUGGUAGAGGCUGCUCCAACGGAAGUGCAGAUUGAGCUUUAUGAUGCUUUGAUAGAUGGUUGUAGAGAAGCCAUUAAAUCGGAAAGCGAUGAUCCAAAAGGACCUCUGUUGGAUUUUUUUGGAGUCCCUGUUAAACCUGAUGAACUGUUAAGCCGUGUUGAGGAGCUUCAGUUGUUAGCAAAACGUAUAAGUCGGUAUGAAGAUCCAAUAUCUCAGUUCAGAGCAUUAGCGUAUCUCAAACCUGCGACAUGGUCUAAAGGUUGUGGCUGGAAUCAGAAGGAUGAUGCGAAGCUGCUUCUGGGAAUUCACUACCAUGGCUUUGGUAAUUGGGAGAAGAUAAGAUUGGAUGAUAAAUUAGGUCUUUCCAAAAAGAUUGCUCCUGUGGAACUCCAGCAUCACGAGACAUUUUUACCUCGAGCUCCACAGCUGAAGGAACGAGGGUCCCAGCUUUUGGAAAUGGAACUUGUGGCUGUUGGUGGAAAGAAUUCUGAUGUGAAAGUUGGUCGUAAGGCUUCUAAAAAACAGAAAGGUGCUCUUUCAAAUGUUACUGCAGGUCGUGGUAAAAGUAGGCAGGGAAAUCCAGGCUCUUCUGGGCAUAAUGCUCAAUCUAUUAAGGCCAAAGCUUCAAGACCCCAAAAAGUAGAACCUUUAGUUAAAGAAGAAGGUGAAAUGUCUGACAAUGAAGAAGUUUAUGAGCAAUUCAAGGAAGUAAAAUGGCGAGAAUGGUGUGAAGAUGUCAUGGCUGAUGAUGAAAAGACGUUGAAACGUCUACAGCGCUUGCAAACUACGAGUGCUGAUCUUCCAAAGGAAAAGGUAUUAUCCAAAAUAAGAACUUACUUGCAACUUCUUGGACGGAGAAUUGAUCAAAUUGUCCUUGAAUAUGAGGAGGGGCCCUACAAAAAAGAAAGGGAGAGACUUCAUCAGAUAUAUUCGAAACUAAAACAAGAGCAACCAUCAGCCGGAGUGGGUCCAUCCCAUAUCAAUGGUUUUGUGCCAGGCGAUCAGAUGUCCGCGUCAUUGGACAGAGGCAUUGAUACAGAAAGAUUCGAAGCAUGGAAGAGGAGGAGAAGAGCUGAGACUGAGACUCCCCAAACGCAACCAUUCCAACCUCAAUAUCAGAGAAUGAGUAAUGGAACACGUGUAACUGACCCAAAUUCUUCUGGGAUUCUUGGGGCUGCACCAACAGACAGUAGACAGUUCUUUAACGAUCUGAAUCCUCUUCUCUUCACCUCUCUCGCCAUGGCGGAUGAACUUGCGGCACUAUACUCCAAACUUUCUCUGAAACCCAAUGUGAUUCUGGCGGAAAGAAAUGCCCAUGCUAUCAAACUGACAGCCACUUCUGAAGCAAUUGAUUUGGCAGUCCAAGGAGCUUUAUGUCUUGCUGUCAAGAUCCUUGGCCAUCUCAAAAAAGACUGUGAUGAAAGGCUCCUAAAAGGUGUGGCAGAAAACGCUAAAGAAAGAUGGAGAAAAUGGCUCAAGUUUGAAGAACCCCAUAAGCCUCAGGCGAUAACCAACCGGAAGAAAUAUGUUGCCGGCGGCAGUGCUGACCCGGAAAAUUCAAAUCCCAACUUGCAAUCAACCCCAACUAGAAAUCUUAUCCCAACCAACUUCCCCAGUAUUCACUACCAGAAGGCUAGCCGGAAAGAAAUUAAGAAGCUAAGAGCUAAAGUUCAAAAUCUUCAAAUGAGCCCAUUGGAUGACAUCGCGUAUAAUGAACUACAUGAGAAAAAACUAGAACUUGAGGCUCUUCUGACGGAGGAAGACGAUAAGUGGAAACAAUAG